AUGCGUCGGCCAGUUCGAGUCUCCCCAGGCAGAGCAGGCACUGUUGCAAGCUCAUGCCGGGCGACAAAGAGUGGCCCAGCCUUGACAUGGGAGAUCUUUGACCUGCUGGGAGGGAGCUUGAUCAAGGCCACUCCGCUGGCUGCAUACUGCUACCCGGACUGGCCCGAGUACGACGCGGACAAGUGCUCCGAGAUAACCACUAACUGGAUCAUCUCAGACAUCCGCAUGGACGACCCAGUCUCUAUCAUGCUGCCGCUCUACGAAGGCCGCACCUGUAUUCCUCCAGGCUAUAACUACACAGACACCUGCACGCAGGGCGGGUACCCAACCUACGUGGUCAACGCCACGACCGUAGCCCAGAUCCAGAUGGCCGUCAACUUCGCGCGUAAUCCGAACUUGCGGCUGGUGGUCGAGAACACUGGGCACGAUUUCAACGGCAAGGCCGCCGGGAAGGGUGCCCUAUCCAUCUGGACUCACUGGCUGAAAGACAAAGCCUUCUAUCCAGAGUAUCAUGCUGACAACGGCUACGUCGGCCCUGCAAUCAAGUUCGGUGCUGGCGCGCAGGUCUGGGAGGCGUACGAGUUCGCCAACGAGAACGGAGUCAGUCACUGUCAUUGGUGGCGAGGCUGUGACUGUUGGUCUGGGGUUGGCUAUACUGCUUCUGGUGGCCAUUCGCCCUUGAGCAGUCUGUACGGCAUGGCUGCUGACCAGGUUUUGUCUAUGGAGGGUACCUCUCUCACCUUUUUUGAGCCUAUAUCAUACCCACUCACUACACAACACGAGAUAGCUAACGAGAUGACAGUUGUCCUCGCUGACGGCCAUUCAUCACGGCUUCCUCUACCCAAAACUCUUCCUCUUUUGAGUCAGAUUAUCUGCAACGACUCUUGGCAUACUCCAAUACCUGCUUUCAAUGUGGAGUGUCAGGCGUAUACGUAG